UGCCUCUUCCGGGUCCGGUUAAAUGCUUUUUGGAGGUCUUCAGCGGUCUCCAGCAGUCUUCGCGUGUUUCGGGUCUUUUGAGUUUCGCGUGUCACGCUUGUCGUGGUAUACACGCAUACAAAUUUGAACAUGUGUCCCCGCAGCCUGAUGUACGCACUUGUAUCUCGCCUUGGUGUUCUGAACUCCAAGAUUUGUGUGAGCAGUUUACCUAUGUGUGGUAUGCGGAGGGUAAAUUUGGAGUGCUCAUUCAUGAACACAUCUAUCAGGAAAAGCUUCUCGACAAGUUGUUCCAUCUUGCUGAAAGACGAGGCCAUAGAACACAAAUCUGGACAAGAUUCCAAUACAAAGUUGCCACCCAUUGAGCCGGAUGACGAUACACGUUCGAUAUUGAAUGAUAUUUGGCAUGACUUUGAGUACGUACCUCCAAAGGCAUCGAACUCCCCAGAAGAUAUGAAGUCAUCGAAGGCUCCAUUAACACCGCAAAGCCAGGAUAAAAAGCAGCAACCGAAGAAUGAUCAGCAGGUUCGAGACCUCAUUUACUCGGCACAGUUUAACGCGAAAAAGUUGUAUUCCGAAGAGGACGCAACUGUUAUUCUUGACACACUGGAGAAGCUGCAGUCUGGACAGAGUGCAGUGAGAGAAGAUUUGGACUAUUACCCUGAGAACAUCAAGAUUGACGAAUUUGAAGGCCUAAACCUGACACGUGGAGUAACUGGAGUCUUUGACCUAGACGAGUUGAUAGAUGUGCUUCGUUCUGAGAAACUCUCAGAUAUUGCUGUAGUGACGGUGCCCAAAGAUAAAGUAUAUUGUGACUACAUCGUUGUGGCCAGUGCUAUAUCUCGGAGACAAUCCAAGGCAGUUUCAGAGUUUCUGAAGAAAUUGUACAAGCGCAAGAGGGGAGACAGUGACCCUGCCCUAUUCAUAGAAGGUGAAGAUUGCCCCAACUGGAAGGCUCUUGACAUGGGAAACAUUGUACUUCACAUAUUCCUGCCUGAUACACGUGCUCAGUAUGACCUUGAGACCCUGUGGACUGUUGGAAGCAACUACGAUGACCUUACUCACGCCAAAGAUGAUCCUGUGUUCGACAUGCUACAGCAGCAGAUUCAACUUCUUGAGAACAUGAAGCCAUUGGGAGGGAACUCAUCAGACACUGUACUACCCAGCAUCUAAGAACAGCUGGAACAGCUUACGAUGAACUGACAAAGUUCGUUUUCACCGAGAGGCAUAGCAGGACAUUGGCAUAGCUUGUGGUAUUCAGAUUGAAUUCCAUUGUAUAUUUAUUUUAUUGUAAUAAAAAAAAAUGUCUAAAUUUGGUA